AUGGCAGAUCCUGCUAGUUAUUGGAAUCAUGAUCGAGAUAUUGAGCAAGCACUCAUUGCUUUAAAAAAGGGCACUCAGUUAGUUAAGUAUAGUCGAAAAGGGAAGCCAAAAUUUUGUUCAUUCAGGCUCUCACAGGAUGAAACAAAACUGAUUUGGAUUUCUCAUGGAAGGGAAAAGAGUCUGAAUUUGUCUACUGUUUCGCGCAUCAUCCCAGGACAGAGAACAGCUGUCUUUAGAAGAUAUUUGCGCCCUGAAAAGGAUUAUCUUUCAUUUUCACUUAUUUAUAAAAAAGGGGAGCGAUCACUUGAUCUGAUCUGCAAGGACAAAGCUGAGGUAGAGGUAUGGUUUUCAGGCCUCAAGGAAUUAAUUUCUACUGGACUGCGUAGUAGGAGUAGGAGCACUAGAAGUGAAUUAACUGAUGUGAAGUUUACCUCAAGCAUUGCCCUUGGCAGGUUUUCUUGUGAUUCAGUUUCUCGUGAGUCUACAUCGUCUUAUUCAGCAAAAUCAGAUGUGGGGUCAGAACAUUCAAAUAUGCCAGUAAGGACAAGUGUUGGAGAUGGUUCCCGUGUUAGUGUGUCAAGUAUUAGCCACGCAAGUAGUGUAGCAUCAGGACCAGAUGACAUAGAGUCUCUAGGUGAUGUUUAUAUAUGGGGAGAGGUUUGGUCAGAUGCCAUUUCCUCUGAUGGAUUAGGGACUCAAGUCCCUUCCAAAACAGAUGUGCUGACUCCCAAGCCAUUAGAAUCUGAUGUUGUUCUUGAUGUUCAUCAGAUUGGUCCUGGUGUGCGUCAUAUUGCUCUUGUUACAAGGCAAGGAGAGGCUUUUACUUGGGGAGAGGACUCUGGUGGAAGGCUCGGUCAUGGAUUUUGUAAUGAUUAUGGUAGACCACAACUUGUGGAGUCCCUGGUAGUUACUAAUGUGGGUUUUGUUGCAUGUGGUGAGUAUCAUUCAUGUGCUGUAACAAUGUCUGGUGAUCUAUUCACAUGGGGAGAUGGUACACAUAAUGCUGGAAUUCUUGGCCAUGGCACUGAUAUUAGCUACUAUAUACCAAAGAGGGUCGCUGGCCCUUUAGAUGGACUUCAGGUUGUAUCUGUUGCAUGUGGCUCAUGGCAUUCAGCAGUGGCAACCUCCAAUGGAAAACUGUUUACCUUUGGUGAUGGAAAGUUUGGUGUCUUGGGCCAUGGAGAUAGGGAAAGUGUGUCAUAUCCAAAGGAGGUACAAUUAUUGAGUGGACUAAAGGCUAUUAUGGUUGCAUGUGGAGUAUGGCACACAGCAGCCAUUAUUGAGGUUAUGGAUCCUACUGGUACAAACGCUUCUUCAUCCAAGAAGCAUCUUUUCACAUGGGGUGAUGGCGACCAAUAUCGUUUGGGUCAUGCUAACAAGGAAACCUACCUUCAACCAACAUGUGUGGCUGCACUAUCUGAAUAUAGUUUUCAACAGGUUGCAUGUGGACACACUAUGACUGUUGCACUCACUGCAUCUGGUCAUGUUUUUACUGUGGGAGGCACUGCAAAUGGUCAACUAGGAAAUCCAAUGUCUGAUGGAAAAGUGCCAAUUCUAGUAAGAGAUAAAUUAGUAGGUGAGUUUGUGGAAGAAAUAUCAUGUGGGGCAUAUCAUGCCGCUGUUUUGACUUCAAGAAGUGAACUAUAUACUUGGGGGAAAGGUGCCAAUGGAAGAUUGGGACAUGGAGACACAGAAGAUCAGAAAACUCCAACAUUGGUGGAAUCCUUGAAGGACAGGCACAUAAAGACUAUAGCAUGUGGAUCCAGUUUUACAACUUGUAUAUGCAUCCAUAAGUGGAUUUCUGGAGCUGACCAAUCUGUUUGCUCUGGUUGUCGACAACCAUUUGGUUUUACAAGAAAAAGGCAUAAUUGUUAUCAUUGUGGAUUGGUAUAUUGCCAUCCUUGUAGUUCAAAAAAGGCAUCCAAAGCAGCAUUGGCUCCAACACCUGGCAAACCACAUCGUGUGUGCGAUGCUUGUUAUGCUAAGCUUAAAGCUUCUGAGUCUGUUAGUGCUUCCAAUUUUAAUAGAGAUAUUACUCGUGCUUCCAAUUCUAGUUCCAUUUAUGGAAGGGAAAGAUUUGACAGGGGAGAGGUAAGGCCUUCAAAAGUUCUCUUGUUUCCCAUCACAGAGUCAGUAAAACUCCUUGACGUAGGGACUAGUAAGGCUGGAGGGUCUGCUCUAAAUCCUUCACGUUUACAAAUGAAAGAUGCUGCAUUUCCAAGUUCAGUGAGUGCCAUGCAGAAUGCUUCCAAGCCUGUUACUGUCAUGCAGCCAAGUCACCCUCCACCUCCACCUCCACCUGCUAGUUCAAGACCUGUAUCACCAUAUGCAAGAAGACCACCAAGCCCAACGCGUUCUACCUCCCCUGGAUUUUCAAGAAGCCUUAUUGAUAGCUUAAAGAAGAAGAAUGAGCUUUUGAAUCAAGAAGUCUCAAAAAUGCAAAACCAAAUUCGAAGUUUGAAGGAGAGGAGUGACAUUCAAGAUAUGAAGAUUCAGGAUCUUCAGAAAAAUAUUGAGGAAACCACCUCAUUGGCUGGGGAGGAAUCUUCUAAGCAUAUAGACGCAAAGGAAUUUAUUAAGUCUAUGACUGAUCAGUUGAGGGAAGUGACUGAGACAUUGCCACCAGAGAUUCCUGACAAUGAAACCUUGAGAACCAUACAUGCUCAGGCUGAAGAUUUUCUUAGAGAGAGAAUAGAAUUUGAAUCUUCUUCCUUCCCAUCAAGCUUUGACAACAGAUCAUCUGUACCUAGUACAGGAUUGCCUCCACCAAGCUCAGAAAACAGUUCAAGAACACCUGAUUCUUAUAAGCCUAUGAGAGAAGGAGAAGCAUCAGUCAUUGAACAAUUUGAACCUGGUGUUUAUGUCACGCUCUUAGUGCUACCUAAUGGUAGCAAAGUUUUCAAACGUGUUAGAUUCAGUAAGCGAAGAUUUGAUGAGCAUCAGGCAGAAGAAUGGUGGAACCAAAACAAAGAUAGGGUGUUUGGGAAAUAUAGUCCAGCACCCAUAAAGAAUGCAAUUCCUGGGUCAUCUAUCACCCCACCUCAUGCUGAAGAGAAUAUUGAAGCAUUACCUUCUUCCUAAAUUUAGCUCUAUGCUCUAACUAGGCAUCACAAUAGUCUGAUGAGAUGAUCCAGAAUAGAAGCAACAUCAAAUAUACCAAGUGUGAAAAAAUCUAUAUUAGGCAAAUUACUGCAAAAUUUUAGCAGCAUCUACAACAUUCUGAAUAUGACCUGCAAU